AUGUCCCACCUCCAAUAUUACGCGUACGCGGACCAUGGUCUCAGGCAGAGAAGGAACUUUUCCUACAGCCAGGCAGUUCGCAUUGGCGACCGCAUCGAGUGUGCCGGCCAAGGCGGCUGGGACCCAGUAUCUGGCGAGUUUCACAAGGAAAUCAAUGAACAGAUUGAUCAAGCCUUCAAGAAUGUGGAAUUGAAUUUGAGAGACGCUGGCGGGGAGGCCUGGUCUCAGGUAUUCCGAGUUAACUCGUACCACGUACCCAUUAACAACGAGGCAUUGGCAGCCGUGGUGAGGAACUUCAGGCAUUACGUGCCAGAUCACCAGCCCAUAUGGACAUGUAUUGGGGUCCCGCGCUUGGGCGAAGAUGAUAUGCGGGUGGAGAUAGAAGUCGUAGCUUAUGGUCCAACAACACCCUCGGCUUCACAUCCCGAGUCUCUUAUGACAGCUAUGAUGGAAUCUCCCAACGGAAAUAUCAAGCAAGUCAGUCAAUCAUCGUCUGGACAGCCGACUGGUACCAGCAGGGCCUUCAUCAAAGUGUUUACAGACACCGAAACAACUGGCUCUACUCGUAUUAGAUCGUUAUAUUAUGAUACACUCUGAAUGUAAUAUGGAAAUGGUAUGUUUGCUCGUAGUGAUCCAGUAGAUGACGCUCUCGUAAAAAAAAACCGCAAGCGCCACGAUGUGUCAAAUGCAUGUUCCCACACCGAGGUUCGAACUCGGGUCUCUCCGGAACGUUUCUAGGGGACUGAAAGCGGAGUAUCCUAACCACUGGACUAUAUGGGAUAUGGGGUACCCUGAUGAUGCAAAGAUGUCGAGUAGUUUCACAAGUCAGGUACCAGGAGCAGGAAGUAGGGGCGAAACACCAUCGUUGUUCUUUCGGGGAAUCUGGUGUUUAUAAAGAAGCACUGCUUGAUCAAGAAGCCUCAGUUGAAAAGACUACUCGAUAUUACUAUUUUUAAAAUACCGGAUGCCGAUCAUCUCAGCUAGCAGCCUUCACUUCCUACUGCAACGACAUGCUCUCAGAAAGAGC